AUGUCCUAUCCUCAAGUGGCUGCUUUCGAUCUGGAUUAUACAGUUUGGCCAUGCUUUUGUGAUACACAUCUUAGUCCACCUUUCAAGCCUUUGACAAGUAAAAACGGCGAAGUCCGCACACUUAUCGACUCUUGCGGAUAUGAAGUAUCGUUUUACAAAGACGUACCUCGAAUUUUGGCCGAUCUGAAGAACCAUGAUGUUAAGAUUGUCUCUGCUUCAAGAACUUGGGCCCCAGAGAUCGCCCGCGAUCUCCUGAGGGGCUUCAAGGUAGAGUACGACGGCCAGAUCGUGCCGUUGAUCACCCUGUUCGACUCGUUGCAAUGGGGUGAGAAGAGUAAGGUCAUACACAUCCGUGAUGGGAUCAAAGACAUUUUUGGCAAAAAGGCCGACAUCAAAGACUACAAGGCAUGUCUUUUCGAUGACGAAACAAGAAACCGGGACGUGGAAAAAUACGGCGUCAAAUACGUAUACGUGCGUGAUCCUGAAAGCGGUACCACCUGGGAACUGUAUCAGAAGUACCUUAACAGCAACUAA